AUAUCCAGCGCACGGAGCGAAGACGAGCAUUGUUCCAGUGCUUAAAGGAGGUAGCUACGACUCGCAGGCGGACAGCGCAAUGAGGAGGACCGGAAGAGACGGUUAAUUUACAUUAUAGCAUUCCUUCACUGCUGGACCUGGAGCAGGAUCCCUCGUUUUCUAUUAAAAAAACACCUGCAGAAAAUACUCACCAGUGCAUUUUUCCUGACAUCAAGUCGCCGAUAUGUGUCGGAUCUAACAUAGACUAUUGUUGAGAAACAAUGAAUAUCUCCAUUCUUGGGUGGAUGUGGGCACUUUUUUUCAUGGAAAUGCCUAAGUUUAUGAAUUUAUCGGUUUUCGUUCUACCUGUUUUAUGGGGUUUGGUGCUUGGUGGCUCUCAAAGUGUACAAAUUGGUGGACUCUUUCCAAGGGGUGCUGAUCAGGAAUACAGUGCAUUUCGGAUAGGAAUGGGUCUAUUCGGCACACCCGAAUUCAGAUUGACGCCCCAUAUUGACAAUCUGGAAGUAGCAAACAGUUUUGCCGUCACCAAUUGUUUCUGUUCCCAGUUCUCGAGAGGAGUUUACGCCAUCUUCGGAUUCUACGACAAGAAGUCGGUCAAUACGAUUACUUCGUUUUGCGGGACACUCCAUGUGUCAUUUAUCACCCCGAGCUUCCCGCUGGACGGAACUCAGCAGUUCAUCAUCCAGAUGAGGCCUGACAUCAAAGGACCCCUACUCAGCCUUAUCGAGUACUACAAGUGGGAUAAGUUUGCCUAUCUCUACGACAGUGAUAGAGGUCUGACCACACUGCAGGUGGUGCUGGACACGGCUGCAGAAAGGAAGUGGCAGGUGACCGCCAUCAACGUGGGCAACCUGAAGGACGAGAGGAAAGACGAGGCCUACCGCUCCCUCUUCCAGGACCUGGAGAACAAGAAGGAGAGACGGGUCAUCCUGGACUGUGAACAGGACAAAGUCAAAGACAUUAUGGAACAGGUUAUCACCAUUGGCAGACAUGUGAAAGGCUACCACUAUAUCAUUGCAAAUUUGGGUUUUGUGGAUGGGGACCUCUCCAAAAUUCAAUAUGGAGGAGCCAAUGUCUCAGGUUUCCAGAUUGUGGAUUUUGAUGACCCGUUGGUUUCCAAAUUUGACCAGAUUUGGGAGGCUCUGGAGGAGAAAGAGUACCCUGGUGCCGACAGUAAGAUUAGGUACACGUCGGCGUUGACCUACGACGCGGUGCAGGUGAUGACGGAGGCCUUCCGCUACCUGCACAAGCAGCGCAUUGACAUCGCCAGAAAGGGCAACAAUGGCGACUGUCUGGCUAACCCCGCCGUGCCCUGGGCGCAGGGAGUGGAGAUUGAACGAGCGCUCAAACAGGUCCGUGUGGACGGUCUCACAGGGAAUAUUCAGUUUGAUCAACAUGGAAAACGAGUAAACUACUCUGUUAAUAUCAUGGAGCUGAAGAAUAAUGGUCCUGUGAAGAUUGGAUAUUGGAACGAAGUUGACAAAAUGGCUGUCACAAAAUCAGACGUGUUUCCGAAUGACACAACAGGAAUGGAAAACAAAACGGUCAUUGUGACCACAAUCUUGGAAGCCCCAUAUGUAAUGCUCAAGAAGAAUGCUGACCUUUUUUUAGACAAUGAAAGAUACGAGGGCUAUUGUGUAGAUCUGGCUGCUGAGAUAGCCAAGCACUGCGGCUUCAAAUACCAGCUGAAAAUUGUGGGGGAUGGCAAAUAUGGAGCCCGAGACGCUGAGACCAAGAUCUGGAACGGAAUGGUGGGAGAGCUUGUCUAUGGGAAAGCUGAUAUAGCUGUGGCACCGCUGACCAUCACCCUCGUCCGAGAAGAAGUAAUAGACUUCUCCAAGCCCUUUAUGUCACUGGGUAUUUCCAUUAUGAUCAAGAAGCCCCAAAAGUCAAAACCAGGGGUCUUCUCCUUCCUGGACCCUCUGGCCUACGAAAUCUGGAUGUGCAUCGUGUUUGCCUACAUCGGUGUGAGCGUGGUGCUCUUCCUGGUCAGUCGAUUCAGCCCAUAUGAGUGGCACACAGAGGAGUACGAGGACGGCCAGAUCCAGACUAAUGAGUCUACCAACGAGUUUGGGAUAUUCAACAGUCUCUGGUUCUCCCUCGGCGCCUUCAUGAGACAGGGCUGUGACAUCUCGCCUAGAUCCCUCUCUGGGCGUAUUGUUGGUGGGGUAUGGUGGUUCUUCACUUUGAUCAUCAUCUCCUCCUACACGGCCAACCUUGCUGCUUUCCUCACUGUUGAGAGGAUGGUGUCGCCCAUAGAGAGUGCUGAGGAUCUGGCGAAGCAGACCGAGAUUGCCUAUGGAACACUGGACUCCGGCAGUACCAAGGAGUUUUUUAGGCGCUCCAAAAUUGCCCUAUUCGAUAAGAUGUGGACUUACAUGCGGAGCGCAGAGCCCUCUGUGUUCGUGAAAACCACAGCAGAGGGGGUGCUGCGGGUGCGCAAGUCCAAGGGCAAAUACGCCUAUCUGCUGGAGUCCACCAUGAACGAGUACAUCGAGCAGCGCAAGCCUUGCGACACCAUGAAGGUUGGCGGCAACCUGGACUCCAAAGGCUAUGGGAUCGCCACGCCCAAAGGAUCCUCAUUAAGAAAUGCGGUUAACCUCGCAGUACUAAAACUGAAUGAGCAAGGCCUGUUGGACAAAUUGAAAAACAAAUGGUGGUACGACAAAGGAGAGUGCGGCAGCGGGGGAGGUGAUUCCAAGGAGAAGACGAGCGCCCUCAGUCUGAGCAAUGUGGCAGGGGUUUUCUACAUCCUUGUCGGCGGACUUGGUUUGGCCAUGCUGGUGGCCUUGAUUGAGUUCUGUUACAAGUCCCGAGCCGAGGCGAAACGAAUGAAGGUGGCAAAGAAUGCACAGAGUAUUAACCCAACUUCCUCGCAGAAUUCACAGAAUUUUGCAACUUAUAAGGAAGGUUACAACGUGACCUUCACGGACGCAAUGAGGAGCAAAGCGAGGCUGUCUAUAACGGGGAGUACUGGGGAGAAUGGCCGUGUGAUGACUCCAGAGUUUCCAAAAGCAGUGCAUGCAGUACCUUACGUUAGACCCGGCAUGGGAAUGAACGUCAGCUUGACAGAUCUCUCCUGAUCGAUAAGAACCUUUUGAGUGCCUUACAAUGGUUUCAAUAGAGCGGUUUUCGUCUUUUCCCCUCGCCCCUCACUCUUCGCGCUUUCUUUCUCUCCAUUUUAGUUGAAUGGGUCAAGGGGCCUCCCAUUAUGGUGUCAUGAAGACGUUUCCUUCUUCUCACUCUCUAUUUCUCACUAAACAAAAGACGAUCCCUCUCGAUGGAAUUUCACCUUGGAAUACAAAGGGAGGCCUUUUUUUUAACUCUGUGACAUCAUUUCCUAUCUCUGAGUAUGUUGGAGAUGUAGGAAGCAUGAUUGACUGUAACAGCUGCUCAUGGGAGUUCUGUCAUCUCAACUGGGAGGGGGGGGGUCAUUGUUGAGACAACACGUCUGUUUCUGUAGCCACCACCGCCAACCCCUGGGAUCCUUCAAGCACACUUGACUUCAUCAUCGAAUUGUGAAAUGUCUUCUUUUUUUUUGAGAAUUUAAGAAAAACUAUAUGAAAAAAUAUUUGUAUGUAUUUUCACAAAAAUGGCUUUUAAAUAAAACCGCUUACAUACUGGUUGAAUAUAAACCUAUUAAUGUGUGAGUAUAUUGGGAAAAAAUGCUUAACAGCUUGUAGUUCGAUAUUUUUAAAGCCAAAUAUGUUGUUUAUGGGGUUUGGAAUGUUUAAAUCAUGUAAUUUAUUACUAUUCUAAACUUUCCUAUAUAUCUUAUUCUUUAACAUUUGGUGUUGAUAUAAAAUACUUAGCAAUGCUUGACAUUUGAAAUCAAUCCUUUUCCUAUGUUUUUACUUGUUCGAGUGGAUGGCACAUGUGUUUUUGUAUGUUAUUUGUUUGCUUUAAAGUGUUUUGCUGUUUGUAUUACUUUCUGUCAAGGAUCAGGAUCGCGACCCACUUUUUAAAGGAAAAAACAGUUUACACUUCAUGACACUCCACUACUGUGUUAUUUCAUACGUUUUGCUAUGAGAGGAAAAUAAACAUACGUAUACAUGGUCAAAAUGGUCGUUUAAAAAUGCCAAAUAAUAAGGGUGCCAAAAUGUAGUGCCAGUAGGUAUGAAUAUAGUAGUCUUAAUAUAAUCAGUCACUGUCAUCAAGUGAAAGUAGUCAACACAUUUUGUACGUUUUGUUUCUUGGUGUACAGUUUUAUGGCUAAGAGUCAUAUUUCAGCAACUUUUUUUUCUUUUUGUUUUUAAGUUAACUCCACAUACUUUGCAUUAACCUGAGUGUAAAUUAGCAUCAGUUGCAUGUUGUUACCUCAAAUGCAUCUAAUUUCUUUUUGCCAAUGUGCAUUUCCAUUUUAGCGUGGAAGUUGUGAGACUAAAUACUUGAGAUGGGGAAAUAGGAAAGUAGAAAUAUAUGGAUAUUUUAUGACAAGUAUGAGUAAUAUCCACUAAAACGUUACAAAUCCUCCUCAAUUUAUAUUUUUAUUUAUAUUUUUUGUCAAUUACAUGCAGUACUUAUACAUGAGGGUCAUUUGGCGGUGACGGAUUUCAAUAUCAAUUAAUCAUAGUAGGAUAUGUUUCAAAGCAAACAUUUUUGCUACAUUACAUUUUUGGAUAGAGCACAUCCCCCAGUAGCUUUAUUAGGAAGGAGCUUUGAAACAGCUUUUACAGACAUGCACCUCUGAUUUAGGCACACACGGAAGGUUCCAGAAAGACCAUUGUUACUUUUGUAUUUUAAUAACUUGACCUAACAUGCGAUCACGUCCUCUCACAUAUGUAAAGGGAGGGACACAAUGUACUAUUGGUAUUACUGUUUUUUUUUGUAAUGAACAGUACAACAGUAAGUUAUCUUAUCACCCUCAUCAUUGCAUAUCCAGACUAUUCUCACUGACAUUUUCUAUAUGGAAUGUGUGCCGACUUGUUUAUUGUUGGGAUUCUUUCUAAAUAAAAAGUGGCUUUCUCUUGUUA